AUGAAAGUGAAGAAUCUCAGGCCAGGGUUGCAGGACCUGGAAUUGUCAAUCUGUUAUGCAGAAGACAGACUUCAUUUCAGCCCUCGCAUCCUUCUAUUCACUGCACUUUCUGGGGUUGACGGAUACCUGGAUCACCCCCAUGAACUCGGCGACUCCAAAAGCCCAGCAGGCUACUUCAUUGAUGAGUUAGACACUCUUCUGAGUCUGUUCUCCAGCGAUGAAACCCUGUUCAUACUCUUGGGCAACUUCAACCUGCCAUUAGACAAGCUGCAGUCAUCCUGCCUGUUACCACUGCUAUCAUCCUUCAACCUCAUUCUCAAUGAGACUCCUCCGACGCACAGAGCAGGCAAUACUUUGGACCUGAUAUUCACCAGACCCAUCUCCACACUGGAUGUGACAGUAACUCCCAUGCAUCGCUCUGAUCACCACUUCCCAUCUCUCUCACUCUCCCUCCCUGUUACUCCUGUCCAUUCCACCCCUUUGUGCUCCUCUUCUCAGCACAACUUGCACUCCACUGAUUCCUCAUCUUUCACCUCAACUAUCCUGACCACCCUUCCCCAUCCUGACUCAUCUUCCUCUCUCUCACUGAACAAGGCUACGGAUGCUUUCCUUUCUUCACUCUCAUCUGCAAUUAACUCUCUCUAUGUGUGCUGUCCUCCAGGCCAGCAAGAUCUUCCUCACCUGCCUCCUGGCUGAUGGGUGUCCUGCACAGCAACAGACAAGAUCUAAGGAAGGCUGAGAGAAGGUGGAGAAAGUCCCAGCUCGAUUCGGAUCUUCACUCGUACCAACCUCUCCUUUCCAAGUUCUCACUCAAAGUUACUUCUGCAAAGUCAUCUGUCUACAGAGGGAAACUGGAAGCAUCAGCAUCUGAUCCACGCAAGCUCUUCAACAUUUUCUCCUCUCUUCUCAACCCUCCUCCUCCCCCUGCACCCUCUUCUCUCACCCCUGAGGAUUUUGUCACCUUCUUUGAGGAGAAGGUUGAUGGAAUCCACCAGUCUUUUCCCUCUGUCCCAACACCUUCCACUAGACCGCCUCCUCUCAUUCUCAAUCCCUUAAACUGUUUUUUUUUCUCUUUCCACGGAUGCUGUCCUUCAACAGAUCAAAUCCAGUAACCCAACCACCUGCCCACUGGAUCCCAUCCCAUCUGCAUUGUUUCAGUCAAUCUCCAAGGACCUACUGCCCUUCAACACUUUUCUCAACAAGUCCUUGGCAUCAGGUGAAGUUCCAUCAACUUUCAAGACUGCAAGAAUACUUCCCAUCUUGAAGAAACCCAUGCUUGACAGCUUUGAUGACCGAACCAGCUCCAAGACCCCAACCAGUCUGGCUUCAAACCAGUGCACUCUGCAGAAGCUGCCCUCAUAGCAGUGACUGAAAAGCUCUUUACACUAGUUCUCUUGGUGAUGAAAUAACUUCUCAUGGCUUCUCUUAUCACUGUUAUGCUGUUCUCACCCUCUGACACACAGGUUUUCGGUUGCAUCUCGGCAUGUCUGUCUGACAUCUCUUCAUGGAUGGCAGCUCACCAUCUGAAGCUCAGUCCUAGCAAGACUGAACUGCUACUCAUCCCUUCAUCUACAGGUCCUCAUCAUGAUCUCACCGUCUCAUUCAAGAACUCUCUGAUUGUUCUGUCUGUAGAGGCAAGAAACCUUGGUGUGACUCUGGAUGACCAGAUAUCGUUCUCGACCCACAUCGCGAACCUAUGCAGAUAUCACCUGUACAACAUCCGUAGAAUCCGACCCUUCCUCACCCGAUAGGCUGCCCAGGUGCUAGUGCAGUCUCUGGUCAU